GAGUUUUUCGACGAAUGCUGUCCGCUUGCUGUUCACUGCAAAAAGUGUAAUUUUUGUAAUAAAACACCCACGAUUUGGCCUAAAAACGGAGUCAAACGUUGCAUUGCUUGCAUAUUCAACAUUUGCGAUAGUUAACUAUACGGCGCGUGUGUUUUCCGGUGGUGAAAAGUGCAUUUUUGCGAAACGCUAAGCCUGGCUCGACAUUGGUUUUUGGUGUGUGUCAAAGGCGUGCGGUAGCCGGUGCAGAGGGUGUGCAGUAGUGGUUCUGCAACAACAGCAGCAAGAUUCGUGGUUAGGUUCUGGAAGCAAAUACAGAACAUCAUCUCGGUUUGUGUUUCGCAAAUUGCGUUGACAGCUGCUGAUGUUUUGAUCUUGGACUGUUUUUAGGUGUAUCGGAUCAGGACAAAAUGAAGCGUAAAGCAGGAAACGAUUUGACCACUCAAACCCUGCUGGAUUUUGACUUGGGGGAGAGCUCAUCGGAUUCUGACUUCAGAAUCGAAGAUCAUGAUGAUGAUAGCGACGACUUUUCUGCUGGGAGCAAAGAUGAAGAUGCUGGAGAUGAUGAUGGUGAUGACGAUGACGAUGAGGACGGUGAUGAUGAUGAAGCGGGAAGUGAAGAGGAUGAUGAGGAUGGAACUGACAGUGGAACAACUGGAACAGGUUCGAAAGUCAGCGAGACGGUGAUUGCAGGUGCCGGUAAGGAGAAGCCCAUGAACCUAGAGCAGAUUAUAAGUAAAACCACGGAAGGUUUCGAUAAAGCAACAUUGAAGCUGCUAUCGACAGCAAUUUGUUGUGCGUGUUUGGGAGAUCGAAGCGACGAUCAAAACGAGAUUGUCGAGUGUGACGGUUGUGGCGUAACCGUACACGAAGGCUGUUAUGGUGUAAGCGAAAGUACCAGCAUCAGCAGUACAAUUUCUUCCUGCUCGACCGAGCCCUGGUUCUGUGAGGCAUGCAGAGCAGGUGUGUUCGAUCCAGAUUGCGAGUUAUGCCCCAACAAGGGUGGUAUUUUCAAGGAAACCGAUGUUGGAAAAUGGGUUCAUUUGGUAUGCGCUUUGUAUGUUCCUGGCGUUGCAUUCGGCGAAGUUGAUCAGCUUUCUUCAGUUACAUUAUUCGAAAUGCCGUAUAACAAAUGGGGAGCAAAAACAUGUAGUUUAUGUGACGACGCAAAGUUUUCCCGUACCGGCGUCUGUAUCGGUUGUGAUGCCGGCAUGUGUAAAACCUAUUUUCACGUUACUUGCGCCCAAUACGCUGGGCUAUUGUCAGAGGCUCAUUCUGAGGAGGCAGAUCAAGCAGAUCCUUUCUACGCUCACUGUAAAAUACAUUCGGACAAAACUCUAAUCAAACAUCGAAAACGAAAUUACAACGCAAUUAGAUUGAAGGCUCAACAUCGUAAGCUUGAACAUGAGGCCAAUAAGCUGGAGAAACCAUCACCGGAACAGGUUCGAAUAGAAAGAAAGUUGGCUAAGCACAGGAAAAAGUAUGUUUCUCAUAAAGAAACGAAAAAUCCUCCUUGGGUUCCCACGCAAAAAAUGCCUCGACUAUUAACUACCAGUGCAACAGCUUGCAAAAAGCUAUUGUUGAAGGCAGAGCUCAUGGGCAUCGACACAGCAGCGAUGGAGUUUCAGGAAGCUCAAAUGACUGCACUGGCUGACGUCCGCAAAAAGUGGCACAUUUCACCGGCUUUUAGUGUCGAGUUUAUAGGAUACUAUCUGGAUCGGACGGUUCGUUUGAAGGAAAUCAAAAAUAAUCUUCAAGAACAAGUUUUAACCAACAAAAAAUUGCUAGAUGAACAGCAACGACUGCGAGAAAAGUACGAUUCUUCAAUGAAACUGAAUCAAGAAGCGUUGAAUCAGAAUGAAGAGUUGAAAGAUGCGAUCAAAAAAUUGUACGACGAUAUUAAUGCUCUCUGUCCGAAUAAGGCACUGAUUCCGGUCGAGCAGAUUGGCAAACCUCCGUCGGUACCCCCGCUUCAAAAUCCCAGCGUCGUGAUCAAUACUCCUAGUUCAACUCCACCUGCAAGAACAAUUACCGUUCCAACGGCAGCAGCCCUUAAGAUGGGAGUAGGAUUUCCUUUACAAAAUCUCAUAGUCCCAGGGGACACCGGACGUAUCCUUAGCACUCAGUGUAAGCAGAACAGUGAAGAGCUUUUGAAUGAGUGCGGCAUCUGUAAGCGUUGCUCCGAUCAGCAUUUGCUGGCCAAAUGUGAUACCUGUCAUCUGUACUAUCAUCUCGGUUGUUUGAAUCCUCCUCUCACCAGACAUCCAAAAAAAUCCAAGCUCUACGGCUGGCAGUGCUCUGAGUGUGAUAAAUCAGAUGAUUCGGGUCCGGAGAAUGUGAUUCUACCGAAAGCCCCCCGCAAAUCCCGCACACGAUACAGCAAGGAUGGUAUUAUUGUUCCGUACGACAUGCCUUCGCCCGAGUUUGAAAGAUCUCCAGAAAUUAUAGUGAAGCGUCCCCGUAAAAGUUUUGGUAACAACACCAGCACGGAAAGUUUUGCCAAUGCGACAAUUACGAGUGCUUCCGUUCCCAACGGAAUCGAAACGAAAGAAGUUGUCUUAGAAAUCCCAAAACUUGACGCGGUGUUGGCAGAUAAACUGAGUACUAUUGAAACACCGUUGGAAACAACACCGAAAGGACCCACUCCUGCUAAAAGAGGACGCAAGAAGAAGCUUCCUGUGGCGCCGGUUGAAAGUAAAGAUCCACCGAAGGAAGCUGUUAAACAAGAAUCAUUGGAACAGGAGGUUGCUUCAGUUGACAGUAAGUCUGUGGGACCGAAGCCAGAAAAAAUGAAAGAAGAACCCACACCGGCAGCUCCUCCCGAUGAUACGAAAGCUAACGCAAAUGACAACAAGAAAGGGAAAAAGAAUGAAAAAGCAAAUUCUUCACCUGUUACAACUACGGCCACUACAGUGGUGAAUCUAAAACCCACUGUUUCCACUGCUUCUAUUGUAACGCUCCCGGAAACGAAAUCGGUCAUUUCAAUUAGUUCUAAAGAAACGAUUGCUUCUGCUACUGAGUCAGCCACAACCAUCACGACUAGUUCCACAGAUUCUAUUGCUACAGCGGAAGCAUCCACUUCAAAAAUAUCAUUGGAUAAUACGGAAGUUGCUGCGCCAACCGCGUCAACAUCAUCUCACAGAUCGUCGCAUAAACACAGCAAACGGAAAAAGGAGAAGCAUCGAGAGCGAUCACCUUACGAGGAUGGUUUUCCCUCAAAGGAACACAAACGGAAGCGGAAGCGAAAGAAUCACGAUAUGGAGAACCCUAAUGACACGAGCGGAACUAGCCACACCGCUCAUACCGUGCAUUCCGAUGAGAAUCGGCCACGCAUCAAGAUUAAAAUAAAAUCAGUCUUAGACGGUUCUAACACGCACACAAUAUUUUACGUGCCGAAUGAUAGCAUAGAACCACCCCGGCCGUCCACUAGUUGCGAAAGUGUAAUAACAAGUACGCCACUGAGUUCACCAUCCACGUCGACCCAGAAAGUACCGGUCAAACCCGAUUCGAUAAAAGCUACUGUCUCAGCUCCAUCGAUAGGAUCCCCUGCCGAGACUAUCAGUAGGUCUCAAUCAUCGUUGGGCGGUUCCACAUCGACUCCCACCAUUGGUUCCGAUACUAGUAUAGGUAAAAAGCUCAACGCUAGUAACAGUAAGCCACCAAUCGCUCCUUUGCGGGGUCGAGGUCGUCGUCUUAGCGUCGGUAGACCCAGCCGGCUCAGCAUUAAUACCUCUUCCGGUAAUAACACCUCAGGACCGUCGGCUGCUGCUUCAAGUAGUUCGAUGUGCGAUGUUUGUCGUACUCCAGGAACGCAGAAUAACAUUGUUCAGUGUGACGAAUGUUUCAAGAACUAUCACUUCGGUUGUCUGGAUCCACCAGUGAAGAAAUCACCCAAACGUCGAGGCUACUCGUGGCACUGUGCUGAUUGUGAUCCAACGGACACGGAAAACAACUGAGAUUACGAGUGCCGGCGAAACACUGCGAUCCCCAGCAGUGUUAUCAGUUGUAUAUGCAAAAUGUACUGAUCAGGACAGGUUUUUCCUAUCUCUCAUCCGAUCAAAGGAUCAGACAAAAUAAGUAUUUUUUUUAUUUUGAAUUGUAAUAAACACCUUCUAGUUGAUAAAAACUCUAUGUAAAAUAAAAAUCCAGUGAUUUGAAACUCACUAUAAUGAUUAAAA